AUGGUGUUUUGUUGCGGGCAGACAACAGUGAUGUUGAAAGUUGCCGCCUUGGUGAUGUUCAUGACGUUCGUCUUGCACCUGAUCGGGUUCGCCUCGCCCUUCUGGAGUCGGAGAACCAACUCUAACGAGGGCAUGUGGGAGGUCUGUCAGAACGGAUUAUGUGUGUCGUCACUAGCAUCGCCAGCCCUCAUUGGUCAGGUGUGGUUCCAGGCGGUCCAGAUAGUGGAGACCAUGGCCGUGCUCACCGCUAGCACCGCCAUCAUCCUCGUUCUCGUUGUGCUCUUCUCCAGCAAACUGGCCCGGAGCAAGUCUACCCUUGUGGCAGCCACCGUUUUGUCAUUCUUAACAGUGGUGUUCAUCCUGAUGGGAAUUGUCAUCUACGCUACCAAAGGCUCUGUGUUUUUCGAAGCUGUGUUCGCCACGGAUUUCGCGGUGGGUUUCGCCUACAUCCUCAUCACCGUGGCCAUGGUGGGCUGGCUGCUCGCGGCAGUCCUGCUGGCCGUGGAUCUCGACCAGAAACUCGAGACAAGAAGAAAGACCUUACAGCGAGCAGACGACACUGCCGGACCAGUCACGUCCACGUCUGAACCAUAACCUGCCAGUCCUUGAAGCGAACCCACCGAAACGCUUUUGGCGCCAAAUUUGAAAAGUCAUUAACAUACGAGAUGUGGGUGGGGGUUAGGGGUCAACUGCCCCACCCCCUUACACACACACGUGCUGGAAUAAAUCUUCGCAUUCGGGCAAAAAAAAAUGAAGAUGUUCAGGCAAAAUAUCCUUGUUUUAAAACUUUUCACCAUGUAUUUCCAUCAUUCUACUCGCAAUAUUAGUUGCAGUUCAUGUGAAAAAUGUGUAGCGAGUCGUUUGGAACCGUACAUAGCUGUUUGGUAGUAAUACAAAUAUGAAUAAACGUUGUUAUCUA